CGGCGACCUGCAUUGUUUACGUCUACGUUAAAGCCAGGUGAGGGUUAGCGCUGGGACCAGCUUCGGAGCUGUCAUGUGCUUUCAUUUUUGUGAAAUGUCAAGAACAGAAGACAGUGGAGCAGUUUCUGUCUGGUUGGAAGAUAAACGCCUGGUGUGAGUUUAGUUAGCUAAGGUGUUCUGUUGUUGACGUAUCGUCAUAACUCGUCGCUCGUGUUUCAUAAAUAUUUAGCUGGUGGAACUUGUUUAAAGUAGUAAUGGGGAAAGCCGUCCUUCGUCCGCUGGUGUUUUGUUUCGGUUUGUGUCCCUUCUGUGAUGCUCCUCCUGGCUUUACAGCUCCUCGCUGACUGUCAGCUGAUUCAAAGCGGAAAGAACAAUAUAAGCUGAUGGAAUAAUCUUUACGCUCUCCCUCGUGCUGGGACAAUACGUUGGUUGGUAAACGAAUGUAGCCUACAUGUUUAUUUGUCUUUAAGAACGUAGUUAUUGAAAAAGAAUAGGGAACCAAUCCCUUUUUUGAGGGUGUGGGGGCUCAGAGAUGUCCGUCUAGUCUGCUUGAAUGAUUUGAAGCCAUUUCAGCUGCUCAACUUGAUGAAAGCGCGUGCGGAGUUCCUCCUUUUAACCCUCACGAGCCAGCAUGUCGGACACAGAGAGGUCUCUGCCCGCUGUCAGAAAGCUCAGCUAUGCUGCGGGACACUUUCUCAACGACCUGUGCGCUUCCAUGUGGUUCACAUACUUACUGGUGUUCUACCACUCAGUGCUGGGAUUCCAGAACACGGAUGCAGGUAUCUUGUUGCUGGUUGGUCAGAUAGCUGAUGCCAUCUGUACACCCCUGGUUGGCUAUGAGUCAGACCAAACCUCUGGUUGUGGAAACUAUGGCAAGCGGAAGACCUGGCAUUUGGUUGGCACGCUGAGUGUGGUUGUGUCCUUUGCCUUCGUCUUCAACCAGUGCCUGGGCUGUGACCCUAACACUCCUCAGUGGGCCAGCCUGAUCUACUUUGCCCCAUUCAUCAUCAUCUUUCAGUUUGGCUGGGCCGCCACGCAGAUCUCCCACCUGUCUCUCAUCCCAGAGCUGGUCACCUGUGAGCAUGCUAAAGUGGAGCUCACUGCAUACAGGUAUGCAUUCACUGUCAUAGCCAACAUCACAGUGUAUGCCCUUGCUUACCUGCUGUUCCACGGUCAGGCUGGAGAGGAUGAAGACUCUCUUGGACCAGCAGACACUAACGUCUUCAGGAACCUGUCAUUGAUUGUGUUGGGGAUCGGCGCUCUCUUCGCUGCUUUCUUCCACCUGGGAACCACAGAGAGCCCCAAUCACAAAGCCAGCAGGGACUCUGGAGGAGAGGAGGAAGAGGAGGCUGAAGGGGAGCGAAGGCCGCUGCUACCUUCUUCCACUGUUUCUUCAUCCCUUCUGCAGUGGAAAUGUUGGCUCCAGCAGCCUUCCUUCUACCAGGUGGCCUUACUCUACAUGUCCACCAGGUUAAUCGUCAAUCUGUCCCAGACCUACAUCUCCAUGUAUCUCAUAAACACUCUUGGCCUGCCCAAGAAAUAUAUCGCUACAAUCCCGUUAGUGAUGUAUCUGAGCGGCUUCCUGUCCUCCUUCAUCAUGAAGCCUGUCAGUAAACGCAUUGGAAAAAGUCUCACUUACUUUGUGGGCCUCCUGCUGAUCAUGGCCUUCUCUUACUGGGUGCUGCUGGACAACAAGAUGGGUCAGCAGAUCUACGGGGCUGCGGUGCUGCUGGGGGCCGGAUCGGCCACCAUCCUGGUCAUAUCCCUAUCCAUGACUGCUGAGCUGAUCGCAGAUCAGACGCAAAGCGGAGCGUUUGUGUACGGAGCCAUGAGCUUCACCGAUAAACUGGGCAAUGGAGUCGCAGUCAUGAUGAUUCAAGCUAUGCACCCCUGCCACACGGUGGUGUGCUGCCCAGCCUGUGUGUGGUUUUAUCACUACAUCAUGGUCAUAGUGACGGGGGGCGUGGCUGUCGUUGCAGCGUUGGCGCUCUGCUCCAUCCUCAUCUGGCCAAUCAGGAUCAGAGCACGUGGCCUGCAAGUCGUCUCUGAUGGUUCCAUCUCAGUUAACUAAGAGUCGGACUGGGCCGCCUUCACCUUACUGGGAACUCAGGCCUUAGAUGGACAGCAGGGACACUCACAGUUGUUUCUGAGAUUAGCUUCAAGUUUUUUGCUGGAAUGUCUGGGAAAUCCCAUCUUAAAUAAGACUAAAUAUUUCUUAUCCUCUACACUAGGCUGACACCUAGUUGCCAUCAUUUUCUAGAAAUGUUGGGUGCAUGAGAUAAAAUUAUUAUAUGAGUCCAAAUCAUUGUGUUGUAGAGAUGAGGUCUUCCUUUGAGUGAAAGCAAACACAGCAGACUAUAUGGUCAGAUAAACAGGAGUCCAGCUUGACCCUGUUUUACAUUUUAAACACUAAAAGAGUAUGACAAAGGGAACAUUUAAAACACCAGACUGGUGGGUAAACAGGACCGGAUCCUGACAUCACGCUACGCCCCAACAGGACUGAGCUGAAGGAGUUCAUCAUUCAUCUUGUAGCGAAGCAACCUGCUGUAAUUCCUGUUAUUUUUUGUGUGUAUUUGUUUUAUGCAGGGGAAAGAAAAGUGUGGAUGUUUAAAAAAAUAUUUAAAUCAGUUUGUGUUAUACCAAAAAAAAAUCCUCUAAUGAUCAAACUGAGCCUAAAAAUCAUUGUAAAAUGAAACAAAACUUGAAUAGUGGGACUGCACCUGACUUUGAAAUACUUAAAAGGGAUCAAUGUCUAUUAAUGGUAUGUAUUAAUGGAAUAAUGAGGGGAAUCUCAUUGGUGGAGCAGCACAUCUCAACUACGUCUGACUGGGAACAGUGGGAAGAGCUGUUGACCAAACUCUGAACCAAAGCUGAGCUCUGACUUUGGUGACCAUCUAAACUAUUACCUGGUCUGCUUCACCUUUGUAAAAAAUAUUUAAUUGAUGAAGGGAUUAUUGUAAAGGAGCUGAAACAAUAAAACCUGUUUGUGUGAGUAUUA